AUGUCUGACAAAAAGGAGGUGAAUUUAACAGGAGUCCAGCAGAGUAAAGGCGUGUGGCUGGUUAAGGUUCCAAAGUAUUUAUCUCAGCAAUGGGACAAAGCUACAGAAAAGGGAGAAGUUGGGAAGAUCUCAAUAGAAAAAAAACACGGUAAAACGGAGGUAUGUUUCAGUCUUAACGAGGAGCUGGCCUCCAUGACUGCAGCAGGGGAGAAGGAUGAGUCCCUGCAGAUACCGAGGGAAUAUCCCUUCACAAUGCACACAGUGGGCGCGCAGACCAUGGCCGUCUUCAGCCAAAGCGAAGCAGAUGAAAUCAGUCUGGAGGGGAUGGUGGUGCACAGAGCUGAAUGUCGACCGGUCGUCUCUGACAGCUACAUGAAGGUGAAAAGGCUGCAGAUUGAGUCCGCCAAGCCUCAACGUUUGGCGCAGCAGCUGGAUAGAGCUGUCACUACCAUCUUCAAGCCUGUGGCCAACCACGACUUCAAUCUGGAGUUUGAGAAGAAGAAGAAGUCAGAGGGGAAGAUGGUGAGGGCUGAUCGACAGGUGGUUCUGGACAUGCUGUUCUCUGCCUUUGAGAAGCAUCAGUAUUACAGCUUCAAGGACCUGGUGGACAUCACCAAACAGCCUGUGACCUACCUGAAAGAAAUCAUGAGGGAAAUCGGUACAUGCAAUCGCAAAGGAGCGCAUAAAAGCACCUGGGAGCUGAAGCCAGAGUACCGACACUACCAGCCGGGCGAGGAAGAGGAGAAGAGCCCCUAGCUUCAUCAGCAUGCCUGUUCAUUUAGAGGAUUCAUUCAAUUAUACGGGUCGAGACUUUGAGUUAUUUGUGUUUUUUCUUAUCUGUUAAAAUCAUGUCUAAUGUUUAACAUGAUUAAUUUACUAUUUGGAUUGAUGUAAUAUUUCUUUUGCUGCUUUGUUGUGAAUAUUAUUUGUAUUCUGGAUUAAACCUGUUAGAGAACAGCAAUGCGACGACCAUCUGUGUCU